CACAAAAAUCAGCUGGGCUAACAGUGGAGUCACAGAGGCUGGAACUGCUGCUUCAGCCCCCUCGGUUUGCAAACGACAGGGUUGUGGUGACCAACUCAGGGCCAUUUAAACUUGUAGGCAGAAUUAGCUCCAUUCUACAGAUGAGAAGACGGAGGCCUAGAGAGGGGUAUGGAACUUAGGGGUGUGUUGUCAGCUGGUGAGUGGCUGUAUUGAGUCAAGCAGCUGUUUUAGCUGAGGCCCUACUUGUGUGCCAGGCCUGGCCCACCUGCCAGCUUGAUUAAGACUUGCAUGGACUGGGGAUCAGCCAGGGGGUUGGGCUCUGGCAUGCAUACGUGUGGAGUUGCAGGUAGCAUUUUCAGAGAAUUGCUCUGGUUCCUGACCAAGGAACUCAGUUGAGGUUGUGGCCGCACCCCUGCCUGGGACUGGGCCACCCUGAACCCCUCAUUCCACCUCUCUGAGUUGCUUUGGGCCCUGUGGCCCUUGAGAACAUUUUCAGCUCUAAUAGUCAUCUUCCUGUUCAGCAAAUACCUGCUGGGUGCAAAGGUGAACCACACAUGGGUGCUGGCUGAUGGGUACUCCUGGAGUGAGGAUGAGUGCAGUGACAAGUAUUUUCAAGGACACAAGUACCCGCCUUGCUGCGGAAGCCCAGAUGAAAACAGCCUCGUCUGCAAGCUCAGGAUUGUGAACUUUGUCCCAUGGUGCUGAGGAACAAUGGUACAGGCUUAAAUGGUCAUCCAUUUUUGGUUUUAGAAAGGCCACCUGGUUGGCUCUGCAGGGCAAAUAGAGGGCUAGUCCCUCUGAGACGAGCGAGCAGGCAGCCAUUCACUAACAUGCGUUCAUUCCACAAUCACAAAGAGUGCGUAGGCCAGCCCCGGUCACAGAGUGCACCGUAUCCUGUCACUUCUGGAUGUGAGGGAGAAGUGAGUCAUCUCAUUCCCCUCCGUGGAUCAGAGGACUUGGACUAGAUAGAAGCAUGUGGUGUCUCCUACGAGGCCUGGGCCGGCCCGGAGCCCUGGCACGGGGAGCCCUGGGGCAGCAGCAAUCCCUGGGUGCCCGGGCCCUGGCCGGCGCAGGCUCUGAGAGCCGGGACGAGUACAGCUAUGUGGUGGUGGGCGCGGGCUCGGCGGGCUGCGUGCUGGCCGGGAGGCUCACGGAGGACCCCGCCGAGCGCGUGCUGCUGCUGGAGGCCGGGCCCAAGGACGUGCGCGCGGGGAGCAAGCGGCUCUCGUGGAAGAUCCACAUGCCUGCGGCCCUGGUGGCCAACCUGUGCGACGACAGGUACAACUGGUGCUACCACACAGAGGUGCAGCGGGGCCUGGACGGCCGCGUGCUGUACUGGCCACGCGGCCGCGUCUGGGGCGGCUCCUCAUCCCUCAAUGCCAUGGUCUACGUCCGUGGGCACGCCGAGGACUACGAGCGCUGGCAGCGCCAGGGCGCCCGCGGCUGGGACUACGCGCACUGCCUGCCCUACUUCCGCAAGGCGCAGGGCCACGAGCUGGGCGCCAGCCGGUACCGGGGCGCCGAUGGCCCGCUGCGGGUGUCCCGGGGCAAGACCAACCACCCGCUGCACUGCGCAUUCCUGGAGGCCACGCAGCAGGCCGGCUACCCGCUCACCGAGGACAUGAAUGGCUUCCAGCAGGAGGGCUUCGGCUGGAUGGACAUGACCAUCCAUGAAGGCAAACGGUGGAGCGCGGCCUGUGCCUACCUGCACCCAGCACUGAGCCGCACCAACCUCAAGGCCGAGGCCGAGACGCUUGUGAGCAGGGUGCUAUUUGAGGGCACCCGUGCAGUGGGCGUGGAGUAUGUCAAGAAUGGCCAGAGCCACAGGGCUUAUGCCAGCAAGGAGGUGAUUCUGAGUGGAGGUGCCAUCAACUCUCCACAGCUGCUCAUGCUCUCUGGCAUCGGGAAUGCUGAUGACCUCAAGAAACUGGGCAUCCCUGUAGUGUGCCACCUACCUGGGGUUGGCCAGAACCUGCAAGACCACCUGGAGAUCUACAUUCAGCAGGCAUGCACCCGCCCUAUCACCCUCCAUUCAGCACAGAAGCCCCUGCGGAAGGUCUGCAUUGGUCUGGAGUGGCUCUGGAAAUUCACAGGGGAUGGAGCCACUGCCCAUCUGGAAACAGGUGGGUUCAUCCGCAGCCAGCCUGGGGUCCCCCACCCGGACAUCCAGUUCCAUUUCCUGCCAUCCCAAGUGAUUGACCACGGGCGGGUCCCCACCCAGCAGGAGGCUUACCAGGUACAUGUGGGGCCCAUGCGGGGCACGAGUGUGGGCUGGCUCAAACUGAGAAGUGCCAAUCCCCAAGACCACCCUGUGAUCCAGCCCAACUACUUGUCAACAGAAACUGAUAUUGAGGAUUUCCGUCUGUGUGUGAAGCUCACCAGAGAAAUUUUUGCACAGGAAGCCCUGGCUCCGUUCCGAGGGAAAGAGCUCCAGCCAGGAAGCCACAUUCAGUCAGAUAAAGAGAUAGAUGGCUUUGUGCGGGCAAAAGCCGACAGCGCCUACCACCCCUCGUGCACCUGUAAGAUGGGCCAGCCCUCCGAUCCCACUGCCGUGGUGGAUCCGCAGACAAGGGUCCUCGGGGUGGAAAACCUCAGGGUCGUCGAUGCCUCCAUCAUGCCUAGCAUGGUCAGCGGCAACCUGAACGCCCCCACAAUCAUGAUCGCAGAGAAGGCAGCUGACAUUAUCAAGGGGCAGCCUGCACUCUGGGACAAAGAUGUCCCUGUCUACAAGCCCAGGACGCUGGCCACCCAGCGCUAAGACACUUGCUGCUGGAGGAUGACCAGGGAAGCCUCCUGAUAAGCCAAGAGGGCCAGCACAGCCCUUGCUCCCAGGCUCCUGCCUGAAACUAUCUAGCACACUAGGACCCAGGUGGUACCCUACUCAGUGGCUGAGAAUUGGAUAAAGUCUUGGGAAAUGAGACAAGUACUGGGCAGUGAAUCCAGCUCCUUUUCCCCAGCCUUUCCCUGUGGGCCAUUUGGGGAAGGCCAGCAUUCAGCCUGAGAUGUUCCUCCCUGCCUCCUGGAGGGACAGAAGGGGAGGAUGGUUAACUCCUGCCGCAUCCUUUUUCUUGUGUUCACGUGGCAUUCUCUAACCCAGGGCAGUGGUUCCUUCCCAGGCCAUGCACAGAGGCUGGGUGCCUGCCAGACCCACGGAGGGUUCGCGAAGGAAGGGGCAUCCUCCUUCUUGAGCUGCAAGCUUUAGCUGAGGCAGUAAGUCACACAGUAGUUAGUUCAGCCUGGGCUGGCACAUAAAUCCCCAGUGUCCCUGUUGAGAGGGGAAAGUUGCCUGCUGGUAGAAAAACUGGCUUUUCCUUUCUCGCUUCCUAAUUUCACUCUCAGAGUGAGGCAGGUAACUGGGGCUCCACUGGGUCACUCUGAGAGGGUUGUGGCUCUGGUUCUUAUUAAACCAGGGCCAGGUGCAGGACUCCUCACACCUGUAAUCCCAGCACUUUGGGAAGAUCACUUGAGCUCAGGAGUUCAAGACCAGCCUGGGCAACAUAGUGAGACCUUGUCUCUGGAAAACAAUUAGCUGGGCAUGGUGGUACACACCUGUAGUCCCAGCUACUUGGGAGGCUGAGGUGGGAGGAUGGCUUGAGCCCAGGAGGUUGAGGCUCCUGUGAACCCUGAUGGCACCACUGCACUCCAGCCUGGGUGACAGGGUGAGACCCUGUCUCAAAAAAAAAAAAAAAAAAAAAAAAAAACCUGAGAUUUUUUUGGACCUUAUUCAAGGGGAGAGGAGUCUGGAGGAAAUGCCACUUGGCUUCACUACCAAAGGUUUUAUGACUUAGCAGUUUAAAAGGUUUUCCUUUUACCAAGAAAUGCAGAAACCAAGAGCAAACCCCACGUACCAGAUCACUGAUUCCUACUGAAGCAGCUAGCCAGAGAAAGGACUCUCUCAUACUGGUCUUAGGAAAUGACUUGGCAGCCUGAGCCAUCCCAGCAGUGGACAAGGAUGGUUAAUUCUUAUUCUGUAGACGUCCACAGGAACAGACUAGGAUGGAAAACACAGUUAAGCACAGCCAUGCACCCUGUUGCUGUAGAAAUGCCCCUGUGUGAAAGAAAAAUAAAUUCAAGACUGGAGUUUUGGAGGAAAAAAAAUACAAGUAGCAUUUACAACAGCUCUUUGCUCUUUAAAUUUCUUACCAUUCAAUAAAGUGAUCCAGUCACUUACAUUUGAACUGA